GUUAAGCGCGCGAAUCGAAUGGUACCAUAAGUGAAAGUUUACAUCAUUACGAAAAUGACGACCGAAACGAAAAUACGUGCCGCAUUAAAAACAAAUCGACAAGAACACCUCCUGCAAUUCUACGAAGAGCUAAGCGAAGAUCGAAAAACAACGUUCCUCGACCAACUAAGAACCAUCGACUUCGAUCAAGUGAACCAUCUCUUCGAAGCUGCACAGGAAUCUUUAAAUGGCCAAGGAACUAAAUUAGAUAACAAAAUGAAACCUGUACCAGCUGAUAAAUUCGAAGCAGAAGAAAGUACGCGCUCGGAUCUACUGGCGUCAUACCGAAAAACCGGUUUAGAAGAAAUAUCAAAGGGCCACGUAGCAGUACUACUUAUGGCUGGCGGUCAAGGUACCCGUCUUGGUGUUAGCUACCCCAAAGGGAUGUAUUCCGUUGGUUUACCGUCUGGGAAAACUCUAUUCCAAAUCCAAGCGGAACGCAUAAGGAAACUCAUCAGCUUAGCCAAACAGCAAACUGGAGUAUCAGGCAAAAUUACUUGGUAUAUAAUGACCAGCGGUCCUACUAACGCUACCACGGAACAAUUCCUAAGAAAAAACGAUUAUUUCGGACUCAACAGUAAAGAUGUCGUCCUUUUCCAGCAAGGAUUACUGCCUUGCUUCGAUUUCGAGGGUAAAAUCUUUCUGGAAGAAAAGGAUUCCGUUGCGCUAGCUCCUGACGGUAACGGUGGCAUCUACAGAGCUCUUAAAGAAAGCGGGGUUUUGGACGACAUGAAAUCCAGAGGUGUUAAACACGUACACGCCCACAGCGUUGAUAACAUCUUAGUAAAAGUUGCUGAUCCAGUAUUCAUCGGAUACUGCGUGAAAAAACAAGCUGACUGCGGAGCUAAAGUAGUCAAAAAAUCAGGUCCUAACGAAGCAGUUGGUGUUGUGUGUCAAGUUGACGGAAAGUUUCAAGUAGUCGAAUACAGCGAAAUCACAGAAUCCACAGCAAACUUAAAAGCCAAAGAUGGCAGCUUGAUGUUUAACUCUGGUAAUAUCUGCAAUCAUUUCUUUUCAACGAAUUUUUUGAUUAAGAUUGCGGAUACUUUUGAAUCGCAGCUUAAACUUCACGUGGCCAAAAAGAAGAUUCCUCACAUAAGUUCGAGCGGGGAUAAAAUUAAACCUACUACACCGAACGGGAUCAAGAUUGAAAAAUUCGUGUUUGAUGUGUUCGAGUUUACAAACAAUUUUGUUACUUGGGAAGUACCGCGUUAUAGUGAGUUUAGUGCGCUUAAAAAUGCAGAUAAUGCUGACAACUCAGCUGUCGAUUGUCCGAGUACUUCUAGGAGGGAUUUGCUGAGGUUGCACAAGAGGUAUAUCGAAGAGGCUGGUGGUACAGUUAACUGUGAAGAAGUGGAAAUUUCCCCGCUACUUUCUUAUGCGGGGGAAAAUCUUGAAAUUAGAGUUAAGGGUAAGGUGUUUGAUGAGAAAACUGUGAUAUUUUCUGACGAAGAAUUGCUUAUUUUAAAUAACAAUAAUAACUUUGAUGAAACUGUGUAUUCUAAUGGUAAAACUCAUUGAAAAUUUUUAAAUUAGUUUUAUGAAAUAAAUGUUUUAGUUAAAAUUAAAAUCCUAAAUUAAAAAAGAGUACCAAUUUGUACCAAAAGAUGUUCGUAUUUUUUUGUUGACUCAUUUUUUCGAAUUUAAGAAAUAUAAAUUUAUUUUUUCUAAAUUUUUGUUUACUAUCGUUUACUUUUCUGUAUAUUUUUAUAUAUAUUUAAUUAUUGUAAAUUAAUUAUUUUAUUUUUAUUAAUAAUACUUAAAAUGCACGUGAUAUUAUUAGCAAUUUAAAUAUUAUAAAUACAGGGUGUUCUAUUAGUGCGUAAUUGUUUAAUAUUUCAAUUUGUGUUAUAGACACCCAAAGUUUUAUAUAAAAAUUAUAUUGAUUUAGAAAAUAGAAAUUUUAAAAAUAUUUUUGGAUUACAGAAUGUUAAAUUUUUGCCUGAAAAAUAAAAAAGUAUAUUUUUUAAAUAGAACAUCCUAUAUUUUAUUUAAUUUUUAGAAUGAUUUGGUAAUACUAUAUUAAAUCCUGGAUUUUUUAAAAAACAUUACAGGGUUGCCAAACGAUUAAUUUUUUUAUGAAACUAGAAAAGGUUGCAGGCCCAAAAUUAAAUUAUUAUUUUUUAGGUAGAUUCACAUUGAUUUUAAAAUUGUUUACCAUACUAUAUAUAUAAGAUACUAACCUAACGGAUAGUGCUGAUAUAACUGGUUUAUUUUACACAUGCCGAGAUAUUUGACAAAAUCUCUAAUAUUUCCAUAAAAAAAUAAACAAAGGGGGACAAUGGGAAAAUUUCAGUGUCUUUUUGAUUUUAAAGUUUUGAGAUAUCGCAAUAUUUAUAUAUACCAUUUUUCAGGUCUCUUAAAGACAAAUUCAACGCCGUAAACCGCAUCUUUCUACUUCAAACAAAUAUGCCGAGAUAUUUAACAAAAACUAAUAUUUUUGUUAAAUUUUCUCUUAAAAUUUUUUUUGGAAUUUUUUUUUUGUCAAUUUAGUUUUUUAAAAUUUUUUUUUUUGCUGAAAUUUUUUUGUCAAUUUUUUUUUGUCAAAUUUUGUUCAUUUUAUUUUUUUGUGUCAAUUUUUUUUUAAUUUUGUUUCGUCAAGUUCUUUGUCAAAUUUUUAUUUUUGUAAAAAUUUUUUUUGUCAAUUUUUUUUUCAAAUUAUUUUUGAUAAAAUUUCUUUUGUUAAAAUUCCAACUCCAAUAUUUCUAUUAAAAAAUAAACAGUGUAUUUUCGAUUUUAACAUUUUGAGAUAUCUCAAUAUUUAUUUAUACCGUUUUAUAGGCCUCUUAAAGACAAAUUCAACGCCGUAAACAGCAUCUUUCUAUUUCGUUUUUAAAUAAGAGUAAAACUAUUUUAAAUCUAUUUAGCGUCAUUACUUAAAAAUUGAAGUUUAAAACGUUUAUUUUCCGUAAAAUAAAUACUUUUUGAAUCAUGUCUUAAAUUUUGCUAAUUUUAAGUUUAAUUUACCAAAUUUUUUUAGAUGCAACACCCUGUUAAUUAUUUUACCAUAAAAUUGUUCAUACAUUUGACUAUCCAAUGAUACCAACAUAUACAGGAUGUCCCAUGAGUUCGUAAUUGAUCGACAGCUGUUUUCUUAUUACAAAUACGAAGACAUUUUUAAAAUAAAAGUUGUAUGACCAUAUUUAACAAUUAUUCCUAAAUAUACAGGGUGGUCCAUAAACUAGGUACUGACCAAAUUUAUACUUUUUCAAAGCAAAACACCCUGCAGGUAGACAUACGUAUUUGAUAGUUUUCACAUCGUCAAACAAUAUACAGUGUGUCAAAACGCUAGGUUACGAUUUUAUCAAACUUAAUAAUGGAAUACCCGGUAUUAAUUCAUUAGUGAUUUAACAUACAGGGCAAUCCAUUUCAAAAUUGCAGAUUAUUUUGCUUUAAAAAGAGUAGAGGUUUGGUCAGCAUCUAGUUUAUGGACCAUCCUGUAUAUUUAAGAAUAAUUGUUACAUAUGAUAAUAUAACUUUUUAAUUAAAAGUAUCUUAAUGUUUCAAAUAAUAAAACAGCUAUCAAUCAGUUACGCACUGACGGGACACCCUGUAUAUGGGUUAUUGGCUAACAUGUUGGUAUCAUUGGAUAGGUAAACUUAUUAGAAAUUUCAUGCUAAAAUAUUACACAGGGUGUUGCAUUUGAAAAAUUUUAAAAAUUUGAACUUCAAAUUAGCCAUAUUUAAGACAUGUUUCAAGACACUUUGUAUAAAAUAAACCAGUUUUAUUACCACUACUGGUUAGAUAGGUAACUUAUGAGUAUGUAUGUUAAACAUUUUUAAAAUCCAUGUCUAAAUUAUGAUAUUUUUAAAAAAAUUGUAAGGUUAAAUACAGUAUUACUAAACUAUUUUGAAACUGAAAUAAAAUACAGGGUAUAUAAAUAAAAAAAUAUACAUUUUUAUUUGUCAGACAAAAACGUAACACCCUGUAUAUGCAAAAAUAUUUUUAAAUUACGUAUUUUUAAAAUCCAUAUAACUUUUAUUUGAAACCUAUUUGCGGGUCUUUAAUACAAAUUAAAAUAUUGAACAAUUACCCAAUAAUGGCACACCCUGUAUAUAGUGGUAAUUCUGUAAUUAAAUGUUUUAACGGGAAUUAGAUGUAACGAUAAGUGUAAUUCUUCAAAAACGAAAAUUAACGUAUGGGUUAAAAAAAGUUAAAAUUUGCAAAAAAGUAUGGUUAAGUUUUAAGGUCUUUGAAAUUAAUGUCAUUUUCUUUGUCUUAUUUAUUGUAUAAAUGUCUGUUUGUGUACUAUCAAAAUUACUUAUAUAUCUAAAAAUUGCUUAAUUUUCAUGAUUUUCUUGUAACAUAUGUUGAAAGAAACAAUCAAAUGUCAUAAUUAACUAUAUUUUAGGUAAGUUAUAAAGCCCACUAAUGGGAUAUGCGUUAACUUUCAUAUUUUAAAACCUGAAAUUAACACAAUUGAGUUAAAUUUUAACAUAUUUCUGCUCAUUCUAAAUUUACAAAAUUGUUUUUCAUGUUUCACAUUUACUUUAUAAUUUUAACACUAAUAAAAUUUCAACAUAUUUGUUAUAGAACUACCACUAUGGAGUAUUUUUACUAUAAUUCAACGUUGCUAUAAAAUCAAAAAUAGGGAUUAUUAUUUAUUCUUUAUUGCAGUAUCUUUAAUUUAUUAAAAAACAAUAAAAAAUCACAUUUUUAGUGGAAAAGAUAGCCCUGGACUAUUCGAUAUUUCAUCACUUCAUGGCCACCAACUUUAUAUUUUAUAUAAAUUAACAUCAUUUGACAUUUUAAAAUAUAUUUAAAAAUAAAUGGGCGUGGAAAAAAAUGAAUAGGAAAUUUUGGUUUUCCCUAUAUAAUUUGUUAAAUGAUCGAAACUAUUAUAUAAAUUUAUUUUUGUAGUUUUGUUUACUUCUAUCUCUUCCUCU